CCGGCUUUCGCGGGUUUUGAAUCACGGAGGAUAUACGUUUUAGUGAAUACGAACAUCGUAACGUACGCAACGGAAGAAAAGAAUUUAUGCGAUGGUGCGAACACAGUGCCAGUUGGAUGUAGGUGUUGUGUUACACAGCUGCUGGCGGCAACGUUGCUUAAUGCAGGAGAUGCACUUUUAGCGUGGGCCGGAUCAACAACUGCGGUCUCGGAACUGCAGUGCGCUGUCUUAUCUCCAGGCUGUUUAUUCCGGUAGUAAUUGCUUGUGGCGUUCGUGCUGUGCGUUCGGAAAGUGAAUGAAUUUCUUCUGAAUACUUAUGCGAAGAAUAAUGAGUGAAGUGGACAUUCCCAAGGCAUUGCAGCUCGUGCGCGAGAAGAUAACGGCCGCCUCUGCGGGUUUGGCUGGCCCAACACCACGCCUUGUAGCCGUGAGCAAAACGAAGCCCAAGGAGCUUGUGAUCACUGCUUACAACGAAGGUCAAAGACAUUUCGGUGAGAACUACAUACAAGAGCUUGUAGAGAAAGCAAACAGCGCCGAGUUACUGCGCGACUGCCCAGACAUCAAGUGGCACUUCAUCGGCCGCCUGCAAAGCAAUAAAGUACCGAAGUUCCCAAAGAUACCAAACUUGUUCAUGGUGGAGACAUUGGAAUCGCAGAAAACGGCUCAUGCCCUGAACAACGCUUGGGCUGCGAGCGGACGUUCACCACUCAACGUCAUGGUUCAGGUGAACACAAGCGGCGAGGAGCAGAAAAAUGGCAUCGAACCGAAGGAUGCGAGCCGGCUUGUAAAGUUUAUCGUAGGAGAGUGUCCUAGUCUAAAGUUCGCCGGCCUGAUGACCAUUGGCAUGGCCGAGUACGACAAGAGCGGCCCAAAUCCAGACUUCCUGUGCUUAGCGAAAUGUAAGGAAGAACUUUGCAAGGAGCUGGGGUUCAGUGCGUCGGAUGUGGAACUCAGCAUGGGCAUGUCUGGCGACUUCGAGGAGGCGAUUCGGAUGGGCAGUACAAACGUUCGUGUCGGCAGCACCAUCUUCGGGCACAGAAAUUACGCCCAGAAAACGCAAAACCUGGAAACUGAACAAAAUUAAGACGAAUCGCUGCCUCCGGCACCUUCACACGGAUGCGAUUAUUAUUACUUUGUAAGUGAUUGUCGUCCCUUUUGCAAUAAUAAAUAGUGCGCACCGUGCACGGUAUUGCCUUUCUUAAUUUUAAGUA